AAAUAAGUAGUCGGAAACAUUUGCAAAUAAAAUUUAAGAAAUGUAAAUAUUGUUAUUAAACUAAUUGAGAAUGAAGAACUAAAUUGUGCUUGAUUAUUUUGAAUUAUAAUUUUCUCCCUCCAUUUUCUACAAAAGUGAAAAUAUUGGUACAAGUCAUUGUGUUGCCUCCAGCUUUUGAAAAUGAGGACGUUUAGUAAAAUUUUAAAUAGAAUUUUAAAUGAAUCAUUCAUACCCUCUCUCUCACCUUCCUCGCGCUCAUUUUCAUUUCACUUAAUAGCAGCUCAAAAUCAGUAUAAAAAUAGCAAAUUACUCAUGAAACACCUGAAAACUUCGAAUUUAAAUAUGGAUUGUAUGCGACUAGUUCAUAAUUUUAAAGCAGCUCUGUUAAAGGAGUUUGGAGACGAAUUGGUCAUAAAGGACCUACCUAGCAUUUCAAAACUAAAUGAAAGCGAGGUUCGUAUUAAAGUUCUGCGUUGUGCUGUCAAUGUUGCGGAUACGCUAAUUUGUUCUGGGAAGUAUGAUCAAGAACCAAAACUUCCAUUUAUUCCAGGAUAUGAAUUUUCUGGAGAAAUUCUAGAGAUUGGAUCUAAAGUAAAAAACUUAUAUGUUGGAGAUAAAGUCAUUGGACUAAACAAAGAUAAUUAUUCAGCAAUGGCAACAGAGUGUAUUUCCCAAGAAAGGGAUUUAUGGAAAAUUCCUCAAGAUGUUUCAAUUGAUAGUGCAGCUGCCUUAGUUGAUAGUUAUGCUACAGUUUUAAUUGCUGCUAGAAGAGCUAAUCUGAAAGAACACGACACUGUACUUGUGACUGUUGCUGCUGGCGGUUUAGGAUUAGCUGCUGUUGAUUUAGCUGCGAACUUAUUUAAUGCAAAGGUGAUAGGUGCUUGUGAUACAGAAGAUAAAGCGAAUAUUUUAAGAGAGAAAGGAGCUUUCUCUACAGUUAAUUAUAGUAAAAAAGAACUUGUAAAAAGAGUGAUGAAGGAAACCAAUAAUGAAGGAGUAAAAAUUAUAUUUGAUGCUGUUGGUGGUGAAAUCUUUGAAGACUGCUUGCAAUGUAUUUCUCCUGAAGGCUCAAUUGUUGUGCUUGGAUUUUCUUCUCGAAAGAUUCCUCAAAUACUUACGAGCCAGCUUCUACCAAAAUCUUGUGCUUUGAUUGGAGUUUCUUUAACUCAUUAUCAAAGAAUGAUUAAUGAAACUUAUCGAAAUGCCGUUCAAGAAGUCAUCAAUAUGUAUCUUGAAGAGUUCAUCGAUCCUCAUGUUGCUGAACAUUUUAAGUUAAAAGAUGUGAAUGAUGCUUUGAAGCAUGUUGAAGAUGGAAAAUCAGCUGGAAAGGUUAUACUAGAUAUGUCAUAAAAUAUUUUCUUUUUUGUAUUUAUAUAGUUGUUUAUAAUAAAAAUGUUUACUUUUAGAGCA